AUGGCAGACCCCGCCCAAUCCCCAGGUCCUGAGCGUGGAGGAGGGGCAGCCAGCCCCCCGCAUAAUGGUCAAACAAUCAACCAUCGCUCCAGCUUUGCAGAGAAUAUGCGCCAUUCACCUAGAUCUCAGCGACAUCCAUCCUUCCCUCAGUCCGCAGUUCAGGAACUCCUAAACCAUCCGCCAGUUGCAAAGUCCGCGGACCCGAGAUUUGCUGGCAGGGAUUGGCGACAAAUACGCGUUGGUGAGCUUGUAAACAAGGAAGAAGUUAGAUGGGCACAAUUAGAUAAUGGCGUGGAGCAGGCUACAAAGCUUUUAAUCGAACUCGGACCCCCAAACGUUAUCCUACUCCGUGAGACAUCCGAGGACUCGAGUGCAUGCGGCACCUUCGACUACAGUGACCUCAAUGCGUAUCUUUUGGUAGUUGUUGGCCUUGCAAGCCCAGAAGGGGAGCAAUUGGAAAUAUUUGACGCCCUAGCCAAGAAGGCUAGAGAAGGAGCAUUAAUCCCAGUUCGAGACAUGCAAACAUUGGCAAAGAAGAGUCCUCUCAUAACCCUAGCAGAGUCGGAAGAUCUGACAAAGGCAAUGGAGCACUUUGCUAGUGGCGUACACCGAAUUCUCGUUUGCAAAGACGGUACGAAGGAAGUAGUUGGAAUACUUAGUCAGUUGAAGGUGGUCAAGUUUUUAUGGGACAACGCAACUAGCUUCCCUGCUAUUGACGCCUUGUACCCUGUGAUUCUGAGGGAUCUUGGUGUCGGAACUCCACAAACUAUCUCCAUAAAUGGUGACCGGUCUUUGACGGACGCGCUCCAGCUAAUGAGUAAUGAAGGACUCACAAGUGUCGCGGUGGUAGACAACGCAUUAAAUGUUGUUGGCAACAUUUCUACUGCAGAUGUUAAACUUCUCACAAACAGCAGCAGCUUGCCGUUAUUGAAGUCAAGCUGUAUCCACUUCAUUUCUGUGAUCCUAAGCGAGCGCGGCAUUGGAGAUGGAAAAGACUCGUUCCCAGUCUUCCACGUCACUCCUUUCUCUACACUUGCACAUACAGUCGCCAAGCUUGUUGCAACUCGAUCCCAUCGAAUGUGGGUCGUGGAAGCAGCAUCUCCAUCUCCAUCAGCAACACCUCUACCAACCCCAUCCAUGGCAAGCUCUUCAAUUUCCAGCGCACUUCUAUCCUCUCCCGCAGUAUCUACUCCAGCAUCACCAAGUGUUGCUACGACUUUCCCAGCCGUUUCGGCGGCCGCACUUCCAGGAGCCCGUAUCUCAGGUCGCCUUACGGGGGUCAUCUCAUUGACAGACAUUCUCAAUCUCUUUGCUCGCCAAUCAGGUCUCAAUCCACUGAGCCCGAACGAUCAGAGAUCACGCCGUAGGCGCAGCUCCAGCAGCUCAGUCCGACCAAGUAUCGAUUCGGCACGUAAUUCCAGCAUCGAUCUACGCAGAUGA